AUGCCAAGUGUGAAGUACCAUAAAGGCGACAUGGUAAUGGGACGCUGGCCUGGCAGCAACCUGUAUUAUGAAGUGAAGGUGCUUGGCUUUGAAGUCAAAAGCCAACUGUACACAGUCAUCUACAAGGAUGGAACUGAGCUUGAGCUCAAGGAGCAGGACAUGAAGAAUUCUCAUGAUUUCCACCCACGGUCCCGCUCUCGUUCCCGAUCACCUGGCCGCCGUCGCAGCCGCUCUCGUUCCCCGGCGAGGACCACGCGUCGUUCUUCUUCACGUACGGCGGCGGCGGUCGCUGCUGCAGCGAUAACGGAGAGCGAGUCAUUGUCAUCACGCAAGGAUUCAAAGCUGAAGGAAAUGGUUGAAGUGAGACUCACUCCUAUGCAGCACCCAUCCAAAAUGGCUGUUGAGAACAAUAGCAACAAUAAGCAUGAAAAGAAAGAAAAUAAUACUUCAAACAAAGUCAAUGAGUCCAAGGCAAAGACGGAGCCAGAGCCUGAGAGGAAUCAGAGUCGUUACAAUUUGCGCCGCAGAAAGGCCGAAGCUGACAGCAAACCUCAACAGCCGGACGAUACAAAAGUGUUUUCGGCUCCUGCAGUAACAGUCUCAACUCCACUUGACUUUGGGGGAAAGCUUGGGGCGUAUUUCUGGCUGCUCUUCUUGCCAUCCUGGGUUCUUUUUGUGAUUCUUCAAGUCAAUUUGCAGGACCCAAGUUUAGUCAACUUUCCACCUCCUGUACCCACCCUUGAGGAUUUAUGGGAUUCUCGGGCGUUUGGCUUCGUCAUUCUAUGGAUCUUAUUCCAGGUCCUCCUCUACAUCCUGCCUGUCGGAAAGCUGAGUGAGGGCAUGCCACUGAGGUCUGGUGAAAGGCUGAAAUACAGAACUAAUGGUUUCUUUGCCAUUGUAAUGAGUGCUACAGUGGUUGUGGCAGCUGUCCAUCUGGGAAUUGACCUCACCUACAUCCACAGCCACUUUUUGCAACUUGCUGUGGCCACUUUCCUCAUCUCCGUCCUGCUCAGCAUCUACCUAUACAUCCGCUCCCGCUAUGCUCCCCCAGACCAGCAGGCACUUGGGGGAAGCUCUGGCAAUGUGAUUUAUGACUUCUUCAAGGGACAUGAACUCAAUCCCCGCAUUAAAAAUUUCGAUCUGAAAUUUUUCUGUGAAAUGCGUCCAGGACUAAUCGGCUGGUGCUUGAUCAACUUUGCAUUCGCGUUGGCGGAGAAGAAGCAGCAGGAAUUGGACUAUCCCUCUCAUGCUAUGAUCCUCGUAAAUGUCUUCCAGCUCCUCUAUGUAGUGGAUGGCCUAUGGAAUGAGGAGGCCAUCUUGACCACCAUGGAUUUGAUGCAUGAUGGCUUUGGCUUCAUGUUGGCUUUUGGAGAUCUGGUAUGGGUGCCUUUUACCUAUACCCUGCAGGCCUAUUAUCUGGUCAGCCACCCAAAUGCACUGAGCCUUCCGGCCGUCGCUGCCAUCGUCUUGCUCAAACUUGUUGGCUACUACAUCUUCAGGAAAUCCAACUCUGAGAAAAACGCCUUCAGAAGAAACCCAUCAGACCCCAAACUGGCAUACCUUAAGACAAUUCCCACAGCAACAGGAAAGAGUCUGCUGGUGUCUGGUUGGUGGGGAGUUGUUCGACACCCCAACUACUUAGGAGACCUCAUCAUGGCUCUGGCCUGGUCACUACCUUGUGGCUUCAGCCACCUCCUGCCGUGGUAUUACAUGAUUUACUUCAUCAUCCUUCUGGUCCACCGAGACUCUCGAGACAUGAGCGAUUGCAGGAGGAAGUAUGGCUCAGCGUGGGACGAAUACUGCCGAACUGUCCGCUACCGGAUCAUCCCACGUGUCUACUGA